UGGCUGUAAUGCUUUUGGGUCUUUAUAAUCUCUUCUUUUCUUUCCCUUUUUUUUUCCCCUCUGGACUCGAUCGGAUGACAGCUGGGGGCUUCUGCGCAUGACUUGCGAACAUGAUCUUCUGAGAUGCGCGAAUAUGGCCUAUCCAGUCCAUUCGAUCCGUCCUUGCUAUUUUUUCACACCCUUAUAGAAUUCACGAGCAAGCGGCAGUAUAGAUUGUUAGAGGAGUACGGCCGUGUUGCUGACGGAUGGGGCAAAAAGUUACUGUCAUCGAGACAUGGUCUGGGAUGGGAUCCUUUGCUUGGAGUUGGCUUUCUCUUUUGGAUACCAAUAUCAUCUUGCUCGUGGUUGAGACCUGUGCGCUCAGGGCACUUCACAUCUAUAAAGUCCGCCCAGCAUGGGCUCACAUACAAUAAUAGCUGUUUGAUUUUUCAUCUGAGUGUGUAUCUAUAGAAGCCUUCGGAAAUAACUAAUGAUGCAAGGUGGUGUUGCAUGGAGGUCACUACAACCUCGGAAUUGACUCAGAUGCAUUGAAAACUGUCUUGACAGUUGUUUAAUAAAGCGAGACUCAGCGAAGCAACC